CAAUCCUUUUAUUCGGUAUCUCGCCGCGGUAGAAAACGGUUGUUUGUGCUUCGUCGUAAAAGUGCGUAACCUCGUUAAUCAUUUCGGAUUAUCCUAUCGAUGUGCGUGCGUGAAUUAAUCAAGUUAAUGAGAAAGAUUUUUAGAUGAGUAAUUAUGGCGGUCUUACUGGAGAAUGUCACCAAUUACGUGUGGCACGCUUUUGCCGCCCUCCAACUGGAUAAGUGCGGUUCCGUGCAAAAAUCCAAGUUAAAGGUACUGACGGCAAACAUCGGCACACUCCUUGACAUACACGGCGUGGAAAAAGGCCUCGAUCACUACCGAAGCACGCCGAACCUCAACUUCGACCACUUCAAAUACUACUUACAGCGCGAGGUCUUCUCGUCGCUCGCGGACAAAAUCCCUCUACCCGAACUGCGCGAGUACGAGACGAAAAUCGCCGAAGCCUGCUGGUUCGUUUGUCAAAAGAAGUACUUGGACCAGGAGAAGAGGAUCUUCUCCGACGAAUCCGUGCUGCGAAUCUUCCGGAUCUUCUGCCUGUUGGCGGAGCUGAUUCAGGAUGCCAACAGUGUCACGUACCAGGUCCUGCUGCAUCCGUCGGAGGCCUCGUACGUCGCCCAAACGCUUGCUAAUUCGCUUGGAUGUAUUUGGGACGAGGAGGAUUUUAUUGAUCUCGGCAUGUCGAUCGGUGCGUUUCGUUUGGCACCGUUCAUCGCCGUUUUGGAGUCGAGGUGCUUGGUGGGGAUUAAGGAUGAGGAUGCUAUUACGGAAGCCGUUACCGAUUUAUACCAGACUUUUGUCGAUGAUGUCAUCAAGAAGGGGUUUUUGUACAAGAAAGGCUACAUAUUUUCCACGAUGAAGGAGUAUUGGUUCGUUUUAAGACCGUCAGAGCUCAGCUUUUAUAAAAGUCGGUCGGAGAAGGAGAGGUGCGGUUCGUUGACGAUCGAGGCCGGGAGCAAGGUCGAGCCCAAGGCUGGGUAUAAGAUCCUGUUACAAACUCCCGAACGUACCUUCGAGUUAGGCGCCAGCGACCACAUGACUAGGCUCCAGUGGAUUUCGGCUUUGCAGCUGGCGGCGGAUCACUCGGCCACGUACCAGACGUAUCAGAGGAUGCAGGCGUCCAAGAGGCGAUUGCAAAGGCAAGGGCGGUCACAGGAAAUUUUGAGAGCUCGCGCCCAGUUACAGCUGGAAAGGAGCGCGAGGAAGGCGGCGGAGGGACAGGCCAAGGAAUUGGAGGCUGUCGUUUUGGAGGAGUCGAAACGUUUGACCGAACUCGAGCAAAUUCGGAGUAAUCUCGAGAAGCUUUUGGAGGAGGAGACCCAGGCGAAGCGUGACGAGGAAAUCGUGCGCGCUCUACAGGCGCGGGUUUUGGCAGAAGAAUGGGAGAAACGCGAGGAGCUUGAGAAGUUGCAAGUGGAGCAGCGUAUGCUAUUGGAGGAGGAGAGGGAGAAGCGAAUCGAGUAUGAAGAAGUUCAGCACAAAAAGGAGUUGGAGUUGAAAGCCGCACAAGAUCGCUUAGACCAACUUGAUCGCGAACGCAGAAGCUUGGACGAUGCCCUAAAGUUAGCCGUUGAUAAAAUACAAUUGUCCGAGGAACGUAGAGAAAUAUUAGAGUCGCGACUGCUGGAAGUUGCACCUAGUCUAAGAGAUCGCGAAGGUGACCGUAUACGUCGGGCGAGAUCGUUUGUGCCCAGCACGAAGGAAAAGCCCAUCCUUCUGGAAGUGAGGGCAGCUACGUUGAGAAGGCCCUUAAAACACUGAUUGACAUUAAACUAUUUAUUUUAAUCUUAUGCUUUAAAUAUAGGUUUUUCAUUUCUUUA